AAAAAAAUAAUAAUAAUAAAACCACACCAAUGCAUCUAUAAAUAUGUGUCAAUCUUGCGCAGUUUUUGGAGUGCGUAAUCGUUCCCCACAACCCCACUAGUCCCCUAAUUUGCAUACCCAAUUUGAAUACUUCUUCUUUUCAAUUCAUUCACAUUUCACACUCAAUAAAGAUUAAAGAUACUGUGAGAGAUAAGGGAGAAUAUACAUAUACAUACAUAUAUAUAAGUAGUAUACAUCGCUGGCUUAUCUAGAAAACGUAGCGAAUUCGGAAGCGGAACAGAGAGAAUAUCUUUUGUCAAUUGAACAAGAAGUAGAUUGUUUUGUAAUUCCAAUGGACGACGUCGUUUCUACUCGUCCCACUAAGGUUUAUGAUGAUCAAUCAAUAGCUAUUGAGAUUCCUGAAACUGCUCAUCAAAUCAGCAGCGAUUCAUGGUUUCAAGCGGGUUUUGUUCUUACAACGGGGAUCAACAGCGCGUAUGUUCUGGGAUAUUCAGGCGCAGUCAUGGUUCCGCUCGGUUGGGUAGGUGGAGUAGUGGGUUUAAUCUUAGCCACAAUAAUAUCACUCAAUGCAAAUGCUCUUAUUGCAAUGCUUCAUGAGUUUGGUGGCAAAAGGCAUAUCAGAUACAGAGAUCUUGCAGGAUUCAUAUACGGCCCGAAAGCUUAUUCUCUUACAUGGGUGUUGCAAUAUGUAAACCUUUUCAUGAUCAAUGUCGGUUAUGUUAUAUUGGCUGGUCAGGCUCUCAAGGCGGUUUAUGUACUCUUCAGGGACGACAAUGCCAUGAAGCUCCCGUAUUUCAUUGCAAUGGCAGGCUUCGCUUGUGGCGUUUUCGCGAUUUGUAUCCCUCAUCUUUCGGCUUUAGGAAUCUGGCUUGGAUUUUCAACGUUUUUCAGUCUAUCAUACAUGGCCAUAUCAUUCGCCCUGUCUCUUCGCGAUGGGAUCAAAGCUCCACCUAGGGACUACAGCAUUCCAGGGUCAGACAUAAGUCGGGUCUUCACAACUAUCGGUGCAUCCGCAAGUCUUGUUUUCGCUUUCAACACAGGAAUGCUCCCAGAGAUACAGGCAACGGUGAGACAACCGGCUGUUAGGAAUAUGAUGAAAGGGUUAUACUUCCAAUUUUCCGUAGGAGUUUUGCCGUUAUAUGCUGUCGCCUUCAUGGGUUAUUGGGCUUAUGGCAAUGAAGCAGAGGGUUAUUUACUCAACAGUGUUCAUGGGCCAGUUUGGGUCAAGACAUACGCCAAUAUAUCCGUCUUUCUUCAAACCGUCGUAGCUUUGCACAUCUUUGCAAGUCCAAUGUACGAGUUUCUGGAUACAAAAUACGGAAUCAAAGGAAGUGCACUAGCUGUAAGAAACGUGUCAUUCAGAGUGAUGGUGCGAGGUGGUUACUUGACAGUGACCACCUUACUAGCGGCAGCGUUGCCGUUCAUUGGAGACUUUAUGAGUCUGACAGGAGCGAUUAGCACCUUCCCACUUACAUUUAUACUUGCAAACCAUAUGUAUUUGGUGGCUAAAGGGAACAAGCUGACUUCUCUGCAGAAAUCAUGGCAUUGGCUCAAUGUAAUUUUAUUUGGGGUCAUGUCUGUUGCAGCAGCAGUUGCUGCUCUCAGGCUUAUUGCUGUGGACUCCAAACAUUACAGCAUCUUUGCUGAUAUUUAAAAUAGCUUUUGUUGUAUUUUUAUGGGGUAGUUAAAAUAAAUCCCAUUUUAAUUAUUCCAUA